AUGAGAUUGGCUUACCUAAUCGAAGACAUGCUCCCAGCUAUUCUGGUACGAGACCUGGAGCGUGCUAGUUUGGCGAGAGAACGGCGUUUACAGAGCGUGCCGGUGGCGGGAUUCGACAUCAGCGACACGAUUAAUGAAGAAUUACAUUCGCGCGCCCGCAAACCCUGGUCGGAUGGCUCGUUCAUUAACGCCCUGAACGACUUCAACCUCAACUAUGGCUACCGAGCAGAGCCGCCUUCCACGAGCCGGUUUGGGGUACCCACGAGCCGGUUCGGGGUACCCACGAGCCGGUUCGGGGUACCCACGGGCGGUGGGACACCUUCAGGAGGCGGUAGGCCUUCAGGUCGUGCGUCCCGAAACAAUCGGCCGGCUCCGGACUCUGGACGGUGGGACCAGGACGCCGACUUAUCGAGACUCUGGUCAACCCACUUGGUAGAGUGGCCACGCGGCUGGCACCCAGUCGACGUCGCUGGCCCGACGGCGCCGGGCGAGCCGUUAACACCGCCGAGGACACCCGAGUGGCUCACACCCGAAUGGUUAACACUCGAGACCGACUCCGCAACAACCAGACCGACAGCUGUCCGGGAUGCCGAGGAUUUGCUCCACACCAAGUCAGCCAGCCAGCUGGAGACCAGUAGCAAGCAGGAGACAAGUAACAUGCUGGAGACCAGCAAGAAGGAAGCUAAUAAGACAGAAGCGAACAAGACACAUGUCUACAAGGUAGACAGGGGAGAGACAGACAUGAGAGAAACGUCGGCAGAAUCCUCUCUGUUCGAGACGGGCUCGAUGACUGUCGACGGGGGACACACGUUCCCCACUGGCAUCCAGCCGUCGUCGGAUACGGGUGCUACCACCGGGCUCCAAACGUCUACCAGAAGCACCGCCCUGCAGCCGUCUACUAGCGAGGGUGUUGCGGCGGUAGGUCUCUCGACCACGGAGGCGAUGGCUAGUGCUUCAACCAAGUCGUCUAGCAGCUAUCAGGCCAGCGCAGACCUAACGAAUCGCCCACCAACGGCUACCACCCAGUCGGACGGUCUGUCUUCAGUCCGGCCCAGCGGACGACCGUCGUUUACGACGCUGGGACUGGGUGUGCGACUGGCAGAUGAGGAUUUGGAGGACUGGGCACGACUAUGGCUGUAUGAGGGCCUUGAGGAGACCAGUACGGGCCCGGCCCUGGUCCAAGAAGAACUGGGAAUGGAGCCGUGGGACCUCGAGGCCUGGGGCGUGCCCCACGGCGUACUCUACGAAGAUCCGCUCGAGGUCUACUACCUCCGCGGUCCCGCUCGGACAACUCCCGCCCCCUCCACAAACCACCCCUACGCCACCCCCGACUACGAUGCCCAACCGCUGAGGGCCACGACCCGGAGACCGAACCCAGAUCCCGCCUUCCGACUCCCCAUGCGCCUUAAGGGCUUUGAUCUCAAAGACCUGUUCCGUCAAGACGAAGAUGACCACACCGCUACAGACCAUACUGCUUCAGGGCAUACUGCCUCAGACCAUACUGCUUCAGACCAAGCAGCGUCGUCUUCUUCAUACUUGUCGAAUACUUCUGACGAGUCCACCGUCACCCAAGCUGUACCGGACAUCUUGUUCUCUGCACAGACACACGACACUUCAACGUCAGACUCCGGCCCCACAGAGACGUCUGCUACCACUGCGACAAUUCUCGAGUCUUCUACCAUCGAAGAACCCGCCUCAAACAGUUUCCUGGGCAACCCGUCUACCACCUCCUCAAGCGACACGGCCCGCUCCUCCGACACUACUUCUACUAGUCUUCAUAGCUCCACCGAUUCGAGCAGCUCCACCGAUUCGAACAGCUCCACCGAUCUCAGCAGCUCCACUGACCUAAGCAGCUCCACCGAUUUGAGCAGUCCCAACGACCUGAGCAGUUCUACUAAUCUCACUAGCUCCACCGGCUCCACUAGUUCUGCUGAUUUAAGCAGUUGCACUGAUUUCAGCAGCUCCACUGAAAUUAGCAGUUCAAUCGGCCUCAGCA